AUGUCACUGGGCUCACGAAUAUCAAGUUUCUUCUCCGGAUCAGCGUCCAACACCACCUCCGAGACCCCACCAUUGGAGAACAACAACCCCGCCGGGUCGCUGAUUGGUACAAUCAGCGAUGCUCCUGCGACGCUCAAGACAAACUCGAUAAUAGAAACAGUUGCAAAACCCAUGAUUAACGACCACCACGACCAUGAGUCAAGACGACCGCCGUAUCUACAUUGCAUGCUCGCCGGCGGUAUAGGUGGUAGUACUGGUGAUGUUUUAAUGCACUCCCUAGAUACCGUGAAAACUCGUCAACAGGGAGCACCCAAUACACUUAAAUAUGCCACCAUGACCGACGCCUACCUGACAAUCUUCCGCGAGGAAGGCUUCCGUCGGGGUCUUUACAGCGGAAUCACACCAGCGUUCUUGGGCUCCCUUCCCGGGACAAUAAUAUUCUUCGGAACCUACGAGUAUUCCAAGCGACACCUGCUCGACAUGGGCUGUCCCUCGCACAUUGCGUAUCUCACAGGCGGGCUCGUCGGUGAUCUGUUUGCGUCGAUAAUCUACGUCCCGAGCGAGGUGCUGAAGACGAGACUGCAACUGCAGGGCAGGUACAACAACCCGUUCUUCAAGAGCGGGUACAAUUACCGCGGGACCAUAGAUGCGACGAGGACGAUCAUCAAGACCGAGGGCCCCGCGGCGCUGUUUUAUGGCUACAAGGCGACAAUCAUGAGGGACCUGCCGUUCUCAGCGCUGCAGUUUGCGUUCUAUGAGCAGUUCCAGAAAUGGGCGAAGCAGUGGUGCGAUAGUCGGGAUAUUGGCCUAUCGCUUGAGAUUGCGACAGGUGCGAUGGCAGGUGGAUUGGCGGGGACCAUCACUUGCCCACUAGACGUUGUUAAAACCCGCAUCCAAACCCAAGUCCGCACCGGCCCCACCACACCCAUAUCCUCCGCGGCCACCACCAACCCCGCGCCCCUACAACGCCGGCCCUUCACAACCCUCGUGCCCCCUCACCCCCCCGCGUCAUCACGCCCCAUAUCAACCUCCUCCCCAUCAACGACAUCGCCCCCCAAGUCCGGCCCCCUGAAGUUCAACACGAGCAGUAUCCUCGAGGGCCUCAAGCUGCUGUACAAGACGGAGGGCAUACAGGGAUGGUUCCGCGGGGUGGGGCCCAGGGCUGUAUGGACGAGUGUGCAGAGUGGCACCAUGCUGGUCAUGUAUCAGUACUUACUGAAGCAGAUGGAGAGAUGGGAUGAGAGCAGGGUGGUGGAGCUGUAG